GUGCCACGUCAGCAACAGUGCCACAUCAGCAGUGCCACGUCAGCCACAGUGCCAAGUCAGCAUGACGGGUCCAGCAAUGGGCCUGCCAGGCCAACUGGCCAACGAGUCCAUUGCCGACUACAAACAGCGUUUCCAGGCUCAGCUCGCUUUCAUCGAGGCUGAGGAACAACGCCAGCUGGCAGCCGAGGCUGCCCGCCUACAGGCUGAAGCAGCGGCAACAGCAGAGAAGCUGCGGCUACAGGCCGAAGCAGACGCAGAUGCCCAGGCUCGYCGCAAGGAAGCCCAGGAUCUGCUGCAGCGACAUGAAGCCAACAGCAUCGAGAGACUCAAGUUCUGGCACUUUGAACCGAACGGCGACGACGCAACACCGGAAGAGCAGCAUAAGGAGUUCCUCUUCAAACUCGUGACACGGUUGUUGUAUGCUUGCAACUACCAACGGUCCGAGUUAGAGAGACAAAACCAGGAACUGCAGCAACAGUACCAGGAUCUGAAGACACAGCACCAGGAGUUGGCGAACCUCUACCGGAUAGUGCAGAGCCACGAGGAUGCAACACGGGCACUAAAUUCCCGUGUACUGGACCUGGAACAGGCUGUACCAGGACCAGAUGCUAGAGCUUCCAGCAGUGCACCGUCUAGCCGCCAACUGGAGGAACGCGUUGACCACGUAGUGAUCGCGGCAGUGCCCGAUCUGGACUUACCAUUCACGCAUCUACGCCGUGAGUUCUACAACAGGUCAUGCGCUGCGCUGAGCCAGGCACUUGGUGAUCGUGAGCAGUAUGCAACUUUCGCCGAGAUCAUUGACAAGGCGAGAGAAAUCAUCAAGACCAACAGGGCAGCUGCACACAAGAAGUCAACGUGGCAGCCGACCUAUGUGGAGAAGCAGCACCAAGCACAAGACCUCCCUUUGCCAGGAUCAGGCCAAGGAGGAUGUGCGACCCCGUCUCAACUCGAGAAACUGAGUUUCGCGGGAGGUGAGGCGACUCCACCUUCCACUCCGCCAGAUUCGGCCGCCUUGCUAGCGGCCUCCUGCACAUCCGGGGAGGAUGCGAAUGUCGUAAGUUCUCGGUACACUUACGAGGACUAUGCUGUCCACUUGGUUCCAACGCUGGACCAACCGCUCCAUGUGCAACAAUCAACCGCAUGCACGGUUUCGUCACCAUCGGCAAACGAUUUGGCAGCUUCACCGCCAUCUAUCACCGGGGAUUCGACGUCAUGGUCAAGACUUGAAGAGCUCGACCCGUUGACGUUCGCGGACUUCCAAUGGAUGCCCGUUCCCCCGUCCGGUCGAUUGCUGAAACCGCAUCGCAACUUGCUCAUGGCACGAUUGCGGGAUUACUUGCACACUGUAAUACCGACUCCAUUGAUGGACGCCGGAGUAGAGGUUGUCGACCUUCAUGCCUACAUUGCGAAGAUCGACCGUGAGUUCAAGACGCAACGGUACGACGACAUCGACGCACCAUUGCUAUAUGUACGCAUUCAGAUCGGAGAAGCGACCUGCAGCGCUUUGAUCGAUUGCGGAGCAUCUCGCAACUACAUCAGCCAGGACUUCAUGGUGCGCGCCGGCCUUGGCCCACACGUCCGAAGGAAGCCCCAUCCUACGCAAGUCACGUUGGCGGACGGUCACACUCACAAGUCAAUCGACCGGUGCAUUGAUGACGUCCCAGUGUACUUUGCCCCUCACGCAAGUGAGGCGGUGUCCUUUGACAUUCUGGACACCAAAUUUGACAUGAUCUUGGGCAUGUCAUGGCUGCGAAGCGAACAUCACCCGGUGAACUUCUAUAACCGCACCGUUCACAUUCGUGAUCGGAACGAAAUACUAGUCCCAUGCAUGGUGCCUCUUCCUCAUCCUUCGAUCAGCUGCCACGUGGUGUCCGCCGCAAGCAUGCGAGCAUCCAUCAUCAGAGACGACAUCCAGGAGAUGGGGGUGUGUUUUCUCCACGCCCUCCCGCCCCAUGACGCUUCAUCAACGGACUCUUCUUCGGAUCCACGCAUCACCGAACUUCUCGACGCCUACAGCGACGUGUUCGAAGGCCCGCAUGGAGUAGUACCGGAUCGGCCCAUCCGCCACGAGAUCAUCCUCGAGGACGGGGCCGUACUUCCGCGUGGUUGCAUCUACCGAAUGAGCGAGGAAGAGUUAAGUGUGCUUCGGGCACAACUCGACGACCUUCUGGAGAAAGGCUGGAUUCGGCCUAGCUCAUCGCCAUACGGUGCUCCUGUUCUCUUCGUCCGGAAGAAGAACAAGGAUUUGCGGUUGUGCAUCGAUUAUCGCAAGCUCAACGCGCAGAAGAUCAGAAACGCCGGCCCUCUCCCACGCAUCAACGACCUUCUCGAGCGACUGGGCGGCACCAAGUUCUUCUCCAAGCUCUAUCUCAAAUCGGGAUAUCACCAACUCGAGAUUCGGCAAGAGGAUCGCUACAAGACCGCGUUUAAGACGCGAUAUGGGCAUUUCGAAUGGCUGGUUAUGCCAUUUGGCCUUACGAAUGCCCCAGCCACUUUCCAAGCGGCUAUGACAAUGGAGUUCCGACACAUGCUAGAUCGAUACGUACUUAUCUAUCUCGACGAGAUUCUGGUGUACAGUCGGAGUUUAGACGAGCAUGUGGAACACCUGCCCACCGUUUUGGAGCGGCUACGACAAGCCAAGUACAAAGCCAACCGCAACAAGUGCGAAUUCGCGGGGCAGGAGUUGGAGUACUUGGGACACUAUGUGACGCCGCAAGGCAUCCGUCCGCUCGCGGACAAGAUCGAGGCCCUACGAGUAUGGGCCGAACCCACCAUCACCACGGAAGUUCGUUCAUUCAUGGGAUUGGCGGGCUACUAUCAGCGAUUCGUCACCGGAUACUUGAGGAUUGCUGCACCUAUGACGAGAUUACAAUCGCCAAAGGUGCCAUUCGUAUUCGAUGACGAAGCACGCCGGUACCUUGAAGACGAAGCUGGAGCGAUGGCGCUGCAGCUAGAGCUGAUGUCGACGGAACAGGACACCGGGGCACUUCCACGACGUAGUGCCAGGCUUGCAGUUCGUAGCCGUUCUGUGGUACCUCCACGAACCAAGUAUCAGCAACAGCGACUCAGCAAGCGGACAACUCCAGCGGCAUCGAGUACAGCACUGACAGUACCGGUUACCACCGGAGUUCUUCCCGCAUGUUCGGUCCAAGGGACCCUUGAACCGUUGGCUGACUACCUUGGGCGGCUACAGGUAUUCACGGAUGUCGUAGCUACCGCCAAGGCUCAGCAGGAGGCAGCAGAGGCAGAACGUCAGCGGCUGGCCAAUGAGGCGGCAGCCCAAGCUCAGCAGACUGCUGAGGCUGACGUAGCGGCACGAGACAGACGGAAUGCCGCCAGCACGGAGUCCCUGAUUCAAACUUCAUGCCGCACUGUCCCGACUGACGACAUGAUGAAGGCGCUCUACUUACAACUGAUUGGAGGAUCGCAGGCAUGGAUGAACCAUCUGGCGGCUACCAAGAAAUGCACCAUCGCCGAACUCCACACGCACAUCACGUGGAAGGAGUUUGAGCAACUGUGGUUCACUCGCUUCAUGGUCCGCAACGUCGUGAAGGCGGCCAUGAACGAGGUAUACACCUGCUCGCAAGGGAGUAUGCCAACUCGAGACUGGACAACCAAGUGGCAAAAGAUAGUGACCAUGCCAGGCUUCGAUUCGAGUUUUCUUAACCAACGAUCCGAGUUCUUCUCACGAUGGUGCGCAGGACUGCGAACCGCACUCAGCAACGAGUACGAUUACGCCUCAUUCCAAGCCAUCCUGGAUCGUGCGAACUUGGUCAUCCAAACGGAUGACAAGGCCGCAAACGAACGGCAGUCCCAGCCGCAUUAUGUGGCUAAGCAGGGCUAUCAACGACCGACACAUAACAAUGCCGUGAUUUCUGAAGAAACAGUCGAUCUCCACGCUGCAGCAGCAUCCUCGAGUGAUGGAGGACGUGUAGCAGCGCUCUCGCCGAAGCGUCCCAAGAGAGUUCGGAAGAACAAGGCGACACAAGAGACGACAUCGACAGGAACUGGGCAGUAGCCAUGGACGACAUACAAGAUAAACAAGGAAGUCUAUG